UGGAUCCCUUUGAGACAAUGCUGAAGUCCCUCUUGAGGUACCAGUCCAGCCUGAAUGGGGAUACAGGAGAGAGCCACAGGAGGAGAAAGCUGUAUGAAAAUGCUGUGACCAAGUCCUUGCAAAGUAACUUUGCUCUCAUACAGAAGCUGUCAGAAGAGUUGCUAGCCAAAUGGCUCUCCCUCCCUGAGGCACAACACAUUCCCCUCUGCCAGCACAUGCUGGGCUUUGCCAUGAAGUCUGUCACGCAAACAGCUAUGGGCAGCAGCUUUGAAGACGACCGGGAAGUCAUCCGAUUCCGCCGGCACCAUGAUGCAAUCUGGUCAGAGAUUGGGAAAGGUUUCUUGGAUGGAUCCCUUGACAAAAACACGACUAGGAAGAAGCUCUACGAAGAUGCUCUGAUGGAGAUGGAAUCCACCUUAAGGAGAGUUACAAAGGAGCGCCGAGGCAGAUCAUUCAACAGGCACAUCUUUAUAGACACCUUGCUGCAGGGGAGCCUGAGUGACCAUCAGAUUCUGGAAGAUACAAUGAUUUUCUCCUUGGCAGGAUGCAUAAUCACUGCUAACUUGUGUACGUGGGCAGUUUAUUUCCUGACAACCUCAGAAGAUGUUCAGCAGAAUCUCUACAAGGAGAUGGACCGCAUUCUGGGGAAGGGACCAAUUACACAUGAGAAAAUCGAGCAGCUCAGAUACUGUCGGCAAGUGCUGUGUGAGACAGUGCGAACAGCAAAGCUUACUCCCGUUGCUGCACAGCUGCAGGAGCUGGAGGGCAGAGUCGACCAACAUACCAUCCCCAAAGAGACACUUGUGCUUUAUGCUCUUGGUGUCAUGCUGCAGGAUAGUUCAUCUUGGCCAUCACCAUACAAGUUUGACCCAGAGAGAUUCAGUGAGGAAUCGGCCAUGAAAAACCUCUCCUUGUUGGGUUUUUCAGGAAGCCAGGAGUGCCCAGAGUUGAGGUUUGCCUAUAUGGUGGCUACAGUUCUGCUGAGUGUCCUGGUAAGGAAACUGUAUCUCCACCCAGUGAAAGGACAAGUCAUGGAGACAAAAUAUGAGCUGGUAACCUCACCAAAGGAGGAAGCCUGGAUAACGGUGUCUAAGAGAAGCUAAGAGCAAGUGAAACAAGGGGCUAAAAGGCCCAGCAGUGAAGUUGUGAGCAAGGAUCUUAGGGGGAAUCAUGCUGGCGCCACACUGACUCAGCCAAGGAAUUUUACAUCCGGAUUUUGUUACCUUCCACGUUAUUAACCACAUACUUCUCUUAGGUACUUUUUCUAACUCAACCAGUAGUCAUAUUAAAGUAGAUUUAAUCUGUA